CUCUAUUUAUGCACACAGUCCCUAUUUUCGGUGGAGAACUUUGUCCAUUACAUGACUGUGUCCUUGGAAAUGCUGAUGAAUGAGGUUCCUCGAAUGAUAGUGAACGUGGUCCAGAUACUGCCGAUGGAGACCCUGAGGGAAGUACAGAAACCCACCCCAGGAUGUGUGCUCCAGAGGUCAUUCUGCUCCUGUCUGGUAAAGCCAGCUGCUGGAUCUGCUGAUCUAAAGGAGCUGGUUGGAGUCAACUUAGAAUUCCAGAAAGCACUGGAGCAGCUCUUGCACAGUGACCGUUUCUUUAAGAGUGACUUUGCUGUAGUUUUGCAGCCAUUCUUGAAACACGCAGACCCUCCAAGACUCCCUAAUGGGAAGAUUGACAUGAGCUUCUUUACCCCGGACUGUUUCCACUUUACUAUGAAAGGACACGAGGAGCUAGCCAAGGGACUGUGGAACAACAUGUUUCAACCUGAAGGGGAGAAGUUUCUGGUGGAGAGCUUUUCAAACUCUAUUGAGCUUAUUUGCCCCCCUGUGAGUCAUCCAUACAUUUACACCAGACCCACUGUUGUAAAGCCAGGCCCGUCAGCUGGCAUCAGACUAUCCGUUCUCCACCUCAUGCUUGCCUUGGCUUUCCUUCCACUGUGGUUGGCUGUAAAUCUGGCCUCCUUGUAGGACAUCCAUAUGGAGUAUCACGGUACAUCAUGUCUGCCCACCUGAUGUUCUACUUGUGCUGGAUAGCAAUGCUUUGACAGUCUCAGAACCAUUGAGGAUCUAUUUUGAGACUUGAGCCACUGCAGCAUGAUCUAUGAUAAAACUGAUAAUGAGGGAGUGAAAGAUAAAAAAAACCAAGUUAUUAAAAAAAGAAAAAUGGACUUACAAUCAGUAUCAUAUUUAAUUGCUCUGUGGAGUUUCUGCAAUGGAAAUGUUAAAACCUCAGAAUCGAACAAUAUAUGCUAAUGUGAUGACCUUUUCUGAUAUACCCAACUAAAAUGGCACAAGAGCAGGUGCAAAGCCACAUUUAGCUCUGCGUAAUGCUGCUAUAAUUCAUUUAGGUACGAAAGGUAACCGUGUUAGCUGAUUCCGGGUUGUCUGAAUAAAAACAGCCAGAGGUUACACUGUAAACUCAUUAAGCCUCUGCGGAUAAAGGAUUUGAAUGUUGAGUGAGAACAAUUGUUUUGCUUCUGAGAGCAUGGUGAAAAGUAAACUGUUUGCGAUCUUCCUAAUGCCCACAGUAAUAAGAUCAUUGUUUUGGAUGCUGCAACAUGAGAAGUGCUUUUGGUCUUCUCAAAUAAAGAUUUCAGAAGGGA